AUGCCGACCCCUCUGGCCGACACUCUGCCCUCGUUGUCCAUCGUCCAGUCUCCCUCAGAUCUCCGUCAUAGCCUGCCAUUACAUCACGACGCCCAGUUCCCACCCUCGCUUGACGCGCAAGAGCUCGACGAACUGUCCCCUUCCGGCCAACGUCACAACAGAACCUCCUCGAAACAGGACUUCGAAGGCGCACAACCCCUCCUCGGCGGCGCAGACGAAGACGACGACGACCAGGACACUUCUAUGGGUGCUAAGGCCCGCCGUGCUCGAUCCAAGGAGCCGUCUGGCUCCUCGACGACAGGGGGAAGCGGACAGGCCAACGGCAACAUGAAUUCAGGCGUGGAGUACAGGCGGAAGAAUGUCUCGCUCGAAGUCCCCUCCGUGACCGAGAACAUGAUCUCCCGCGAAUCCUUCACAUUGGACGAUCACGUCCCGCGAACACCAGUGAUGAACAACCAUGGCUUCUUCCAGCUACCUAUGCAGGAUCGGAGGAAUUUUGGACUGCUGGUUCUAUUAUACUUCUUGCAGGGUGUGCCAAUGGGAUUGGCAACGGGGAGUGUGCCGUUCUUGCUGAAGCCGAAGAUGAGCUACAGUGCGUUGGGAGUGUUCAGUCUGGCUUCAUACCCAUAUUCGCUGAAGCUGUUAUGGAGUCCGAUUGUGGAUGCCGUGUGGAGUCCCAAGGUGGGGAGGAGAAAGAGUUGGAUUAUGCCGAUCCAGAUGCUGUCUGGGAUUGGAAUGAUAUGGCUUGGAGCACACGCGAAAGAAAUGAUGACCACGGCAGGUGAAGACGGAGGGAGUGGCAUAUGGGGCUUCACUGGAUGGUGGUUCUUCCUGGUGUUUAUGUGCGCUACGCAAGAUAUUGCUGUGGAUGGUUGGGCUCUCACGCUUUUAACCCCUGGCAAUAUCUCAUACGCCUCCACAGCGCAAACCGUGGGCUUGACAGCUGGCCAAUUCAUGUCCUACACCGUAUUCCUAGCCUUCAACUCCCCUGACUUCGCCAACAAAUGGUUCCGCAAAACGCCCCUGGACGAGGGCGUCAUGACGUUAGGAGGAUACCUCACUUUCUGGGGUUGGACCUACAUCAUCGUGACCGUCGGUCUUGCACUCCUGAAGCGCGAAGAGAAGACGAAAAACGAAGACGGGAUCUGGGAUGUUUACAAAGUGAUGUGGGGCGUCCUGAAACUCAAGAACAUACAAACGAUUAUCAUCAUUCAUUUAAUUGCCAAGAUUGGUUUUCAAGCCAACGAUGCAGUCACGAACCUCAAGCUCAUUGACAAGGGGUUCAGUCAGGAGGACCUGGCCCUCACCGUUUUGAUAGAUUUUCCUUUUGAGAUUGGAUUAGGGUAUUAUGCGGGCAAAUGGUCAACAACAUAUACACCCAUGCGGCUCUGGUGCUGGGGUUUCGUCGGCCGUUUGAUUGCCGCAGUCAUUGCACAGAUAACUGUGAUUAUCUUCCCCGCCAAGGGUGUCGAUACUUGGUACCUCCUCGUCGUAAUCGCCGAGCAUAUCUUCUCUACUUUCACAAGUACGGUUAUGUUCGUUGCCAUCUCGGCUUUCCAUGCUAGGAUUGCAGAUCCCGUCAUUGGGGGGACAUAUAUGACUUUGCUCGCUACUGUCUCUAAUCUUGGCGGCACCUUCCCUCGCUUCUUCAUUCUCAAGCUCGUCGAUUUCUUUACCGUCGCAACGUGCAUCCCUCCUGCCCCAGGAACCACCCUUUCCCCCGACCUCCGCGGACCUCUCAUCGCAGACUCCUUUUCCUGCGCUCUCUCGGCCGAAAAGGAUCGCUGUAUCCAGGGAGGCGGCAUCUGCCACAUAGAUAGAGAUGGAUACUAUGUUACGAACAUCAUCUGUGUGAUCAUAGGCGUGCUCACCUUUUGGAAGUUCAUCCAGCCGGCCGCGAUAAAAUUGCAGACGCUGCCUCUCAAGGCGUGGCGGAUAUCUGCUAGUGAGAGGAGCUAG